AUGUUAGGAAUCGCCGUCAGUGGUGGCGCCGACUCUAUGGCUCUGGCAUACUUAUGCAAACAACUAGAACGAUCUUCUGAUGUUGCUGGAGCCAUCUCUGUCACUGCUUUUGUGGUAGAUCAUCGUGCCCGUCCGGAAAGCACUAUUGAGGCACAGAAGGUUGCUGGCUGGCUUCGUGAUAUGGGCCAUCAUCAAGAUGACAACAUCGAAACGACCAUUUGGCGUCUCUCCGCUGGAGCCACCGGGUUAGGUCUUGGCGGCAUCCCCGAAGUAGCUCGAAUCCCCGAAUGCCAUGGUCUUUUCGGGGCUUCUGAGAGCUGGUCAACAACAUCAAUCCCAACAAGACAACCAACGAUACCCCAACCCAGAAUCCGAUUUGAUAACCAGAAGAACGGGUUCAUCACCUUCCCCGAUCAAAACAGGCCAGACAAUACCUCCUCAAAUGUAAAAAUGGCAAGCCCCGGCAUAUUCAUCUGCCGACCUCUACUCUCAUUCACGAAAACAAGUCUUCUGGAAACCUGCCACAAGAACAACGUCCCCUACGUCUCGGACCCAACAAAUUUCGACCCAACCCUCACACCCCGCAACGCUAUCCGCAGUCUCCGCACUUCAAACUCACUACCCCGUGCACUGGGAUCACAAUCCAUCCUCUCCCUAAUCCGCUCCAGCCAAAACCUCCUGCAAAGAUCAAACGAGCUAGCAAACUACCUCCUCUCAUCCCAAUGUCGAAUCCUAGAUUUCAACCCAAAGACAGGAUCGGCAGUCAUUCAAUUCCUAGAUACAAGUCCGGCAUCCAUGGACCCGCAACUGGCAACAUUAUCAACGUCGCGAAUGCGACAGAUUCAAACUAUCGUUCUGCGCCGCAUCACGGAACUAGUCUCUCCUUUCCCUGAUAGCCAAUUCUCGCUACGCAGCUAUGAGCCACUGGUUUCUAACGUGUUUCCGGAUCUAGAUGGCGCAGCCACAUCAAAGGGGCAGAGAAAAAAAGCGUUCACGGUAGCGGGUGUUCUAUUCCAGCGUCUCGCGAAUGAAGACUCGUCUGGAAAGUCCGGUGAUAAUAUCUGGUUGUUAUCCCGACAACCAUUUAUGAGAGGUCGGGAUCCCGUGACGCAAAUUAACGUUUCGCCCAGUGGCAGUUUUACUCCGUGGGUUUUGUGGGAUAAUCGGUACUGGAUGCGACUUCGUCUUGUUGCGAUCGACCGUGAUCCCAGUGAACUGGAGGAUCAAUUGAUAAGUCUUCCUCUUACAAUACGUCCGUUCCAUAAAUUUGAUAUUGAACGGUUACGCAAAGAUGCGGUGAAUUCAAGGUCAACGAAGGAUGCUGCUGGACAGAAAAUGCCUGGGACUUUUGAGAAUGUCAAAGCACUGUUAUCUGCUGAAGCGCCUGCACAGCUGCGCUUCACUUUACCUGUGAUAUCAAGGGAAGGUAUCAUGUCUAAGCCAGGGAAGCCUCUGGGUCAGAAGGUUUGGCAACAACUGGCAUUGCCGACUUUGGACUGUCGGCUAUCUGGUCAUUCAACUAAGUAUUCCUCUCUUAGCGAGGUGGAAUUGAUACACCUACGCUGUCGCUGGAAACUGAAAUGGCAGUGGAUGUACAAAAUGAUUGACACUGAGGCACUACGCCUGAUGGGCUGGCCGGUGGGUAAAGAUACCGAAGACGCUUAG